GCUGCAUUGUGGGAAGCUGACCUCACUCGCUGCUGCCGCCGCCCCGCCGGCUUCGGCACUCGGCGCCAUGGCGGCCGUGACCGACGAUGAAGUUAUCCGCAAGCGGCUGCUGAUCGAUGGCGAUGGUGCUGGUGACGACAGGCGGAUCAAUUUGUUGGUGAAGAGUUUCAUUAAGUGGUGCAAUUCCGGAUCUCAAGAGGAAGGUUACAGCCAGUACCAACGAAUGCUGAGCACUUUAUCACAGUGUGAAUUUUCAAUGGGAAAAACUCUUCUGGUGUAUGAUAUGAACCUGAGAGAAAUGGAAAAUUAUGAAAAAAUUUAUAAGGAUAUAGAAAACAGUAUAGCUGCAGCACAUGAGAAGAUUUCUGAAUGCAAAAAACAAAUCCUGCAAGCAAAAAGGAUUAGAAAAAAUCGCCAGGAAUAUGAUGCAUUAGCCAAAGUCAUACAGCAGCAUCCAGACAGACAUGAAACGCUGAAGCAGCUAGAAGCUUUGGGAAAAGAACUGCAACAUCUUUCUCACAUUAAAGAAAAUGUUGAAGAUAAGUUGGAGCUGAGAAGAAAGCAGUUUCAUGUUCUGCUGAGCACCAUCCAUGAACUUCAGCAAACCCUGGAAAAUGAUGAAAAACUUUCAGAAGCUGAAGAAUCUCAAGAAACUCAGAUGGAAACAGAGACUAAACAGUAGAUGUGACAUGAAGACUGACUUUACUAUUGAAGAAUGUCCAAGUGUCUUCAUGCUGUGUUGAAACCAACAGUAAGAGAUGGAGCUGAAAAGGAGUUUUCUACUGGUUCUGUGAUUUUCUAUAAAAUAAUACUUGGUUUACUUAUGCUUCAGGGCCAAACAGUUAGAGAUCUGUGCAGACAGGCACUUGGCAUGAAUCCACCCACAAACUUGAUAAUUUGUGACAAGAAAUACAUUUUGUUUUACCAAGGAUGAAGCUUCUGCACAAUACUUGUGAACUAAGGUGUCUGAACAACAUUGCCAAUUGAAAAAGCAUUUUCAAAGGGUUUCCUGUUUUUUAGUAGGCAUUGAGCCUAGUAGUAAGGGCUCCUUAACACUGGACUGAGGGCAACACAUCUGUGUGUGAUUUCCAGCUUCCAUACCCUUGUCCAGGCAGGGCCUAAAACUGUGCUAAGUAGAGGUUUAAUUUUUUUUUAAGUAACUGCUGUUUUAUAACUUAUCUGUGACUAGGUUAGAAUUUGCUGGUCUUGUAUAAGACAAAUUACUUCUAUGUAAUGAAUGCUGGUGCAGGGCUGUAAAACAACAGACUAGCUUUAUUUUUUCCUUAAGGUGAUGUAAAGAACUGCAGUGAUCUGAGCCUCACUGUAGUGUGUUCUGUGUCACCACAUCAGAAGUCAUAGUUUGAAAUGACCAUUUAAAAGCUUUGUUCUUGGAGAACCAGGAAUCUAAUCCUGAUUCUAUUUGUAUUCUUCUUCUGGUUUUUAUCUGUCAAUUGACUUACAAAAUACAUCUUUGUUCCUGAAA